AUGGACAAUUUUGUUGUUUUUGUUAAGAAAACAAAUAAAUCAUCUCGCGGGGAUUUUUUCCUAAUUUUUCUAUGGUUAUUUAUUUACGUUAUCGUGUUAGCCAACGGUUUAAUACCGGAUUAUAUUCAAACGUGUAAAAGUGCAGAUCCACAAUUGGCAAAAUGUAUAAACACAUCGAUAGAAGCGAUAAGAUCGAAAUUAAUUAACGGUAUACCUGAAUUGGAUGUACCACCCCUCGAACCCCUUUUAUUAAAUGAAGUUUCUUUAGUUAGGGGACCCGAUGGGGCCAAAAUUGAAGCGAGCGUUAAAAAUUUAAAAGUUUACGGACCGUCUAAUUUUAUUAUAAAAUCAUUAAAAGCAAAUGUUAAAAAUAGUCAAUUCGAUUUUAAAAUUCUUCUUCCGAAAUUAAGUUUCGAUGGCGAUUAUAAUAUGAACAUGAGAAUAUUAUUAUUAAGACUCCAGGGAAAAGGAAUAAUAACUGGAAAUUUGACUAAUUACAAAGCCGAAGUUAAUAUGAAAGGCGAUAAAGUUGAAAAAAAUGGUAAAAAAUAUCUUCAAAUGAGAAAAAUGAAAACAAAAUUGGAUGUUGGUGACGUAUCAAUACACAUGACAAAUUUAUUUAAUGGGGAUCCAGUUUUAGGUCCCGCAACAAAUAGAAUAAUCAAUUCGAAUUCGAAAAUAUUUCUAGAAGAAAUUCAACCGGCUUUAGAAAGUUCCAUAAGCGAAGUAUUUACCGAUAUUGCCAAUAGAAUAACGUUGAAAUUUACUUUUUCGUUAAAAAAUUAA